UUAAUCAGUGAAGCGCUUGACGUCAACAAUGGUGAAAUAUUGUUGCGUUCCACUUUGCGGUCGUUUUGGGGGACACAAAUUUCCCUCAGAACCAAAUUUAAGAUUAAAAUGGAGAGUUGCAAUAAAGAGGAUGGAUCAGAAGACAAAAAAUCUAUGGAAUCCUGGAAAGGAGGACAUUGUGUGCCAUGCACACUUCACCGAGCAUGACUACAAAGACACAGAGUCAGGUGAACGAAGUCGACUUAAACAUGGAGCUGUCCCUUCUGUGUUUGAUUUUAAGUGCACGGGUACAAAGACUUUCCAAGAGACAGAAAGAUCAAAGCGGAAGAGGCUGCGAGGCUACACUCAACAGACUGUUCAAGACACUCCUUUUACCACAGAGGUACAGAUGGAUGAUAUGGCUGUACAUGAAGUUGUCCUGGAACAGGCACCUUCUGAUACAUCAUCUGAGCCAGAAUAUCUACGAGCUGAGUGUGCAACAGCUGAAAAGGAAGUUCAGUGUGACAUUCCUACACUGGGCAAAUUUUCAAUUGAAGGAAUGAAGCUUGACAGUAAGAUGAUUUCCUAUUACACUGGCUUAAAUGGCUAUGAGCAUUUCAUGCUCAUCUUUAACAUUCUAGGACCAGCAGCUUUUGAUUUGAAUUAUAAAUGUGCUUUGUUAAGCCCACAAGACCAGUUUUUUUUAACUUUGAUUAAACUCCGACAAGCAAAAGAAGAUGUGGAGCUUGCUAUGCUUUUUAAGGUUUGUGAGUCAACUGUUUCAAAGAUUAUAACAACUUGGAUCAACUUUUUGUAUUUUCAAUUUAAGGAGCUAGAGGAACAAUUCUGGCCCUCAAAGGAUAUCAUUAAGGAACACAUGCCAACCGAUUUUGCUAAAAAGUUCCCUAAUACACGCAUCAUCUUGGAUGCAACCGAACAACCGAUCCACAAACCCUCAAAUCUUGAAGCUCUGUCCAAAACAUGGUCCUCAUAUAAGCACAAAAAUACCCUUAAAACCAUGGUUGGUAUAACUCCCAAUGGAGCAGUAUCUUAUAUAUCUUCUGCUUAUGGGGGAUCCGCAUCAGACCGACAAAUUAUUGAAAGGUCUUCCUUAAUAAAUGAAGCUAAAUUUGAUGCUGGUGACAGCAUAAUGGCAGACCGUGGAAUAUUAGUUCAAGAUUUAUUUGCAAAUCAAAAUGUUUGUGUUAACACCCCUACUCUUCUAAAGGGUAAGAGUCAGCUUAGCCCCGAAGACAUAGUAAGAGAUAGAAGAGUUGCUUCUAAACGCAUUCAUGUAGAGAGGGUGAUUGGUCUUGCCAAGAGGUUUAAGAUUUUGAAACACGAGCUACCAAUGUCGAAAGUUCCCUUAGCUUCCAGAAUUGUGUACAUCUGUUUUAUUUUGUCCAAUUUCAGAAAUUGUAUUGUUGAUAAAAGUGCCUGA